AUGUCGAGCUCUUUCAUUGGAGUUUCUUCGACUUCCCUCGAUACCCCGAAUCUAUCAUCAACGACCAUUCGCAGCGUCAGCUCUGUUUCCAUUGGCCCUUCCGAUGUCCUCCUUUCUUCUUCUACCAGUACUUUUGCCGCCGAUUUAACACAGAGGCCAUUGACAUCGAGCGAGGGUGUCAUAGAAACCGCCCCCAGUACCGCCACAAGCUCAUCUCCUCGGGCCCCUACAACUACGGCUUCAGACAUGAGGACGAAGGAGAUCACUGGGGAGGCUCCUACAGCAACUCCUACAGAUGGAAGCUUGACAGCAGAUGACGAGACACCUACUACAUCCAUCAUCCCUGUACCGACCAGCAACACUAGCCAAGCAGCGCUAUUAACAUCGUCGACAUCUCCUAUUCCAACGAGUGCUUCUGUAUCCACGCAAAUCUCAUCAUCAGCAGUGGAAGAGAUUCCACAGCUUUCUUCCUCGACCAAAGUUUCAUCUAGCGUCAUUCCUACAGCUACCCCUUCUACUCAGGCACCAUCUAUUGCACCAUCGCAAAGCCAGAAUCAGACUCCUACUCCCAAGUCUUCUCCAUCCGAAGCUUCUGCGGCCCCUGAAACUGAAGCCAUCUUUCCAACUUCACCCCCUGCACCGCAGGAACAGCCAUCGCCCAUCGUUUCAUCUCAAUCAAUAUCCCCAGCAGCUCAACCCACGGAUAAUUCAGUCCAGGAGCCUCAGGUUUUCAGUGCCGCAGACGUUGCUCAACCUUCCGAGACCUCGAUUUCUUCCUCUUCUAAUCCUAUUCCCAAAGCUUCUUCCACAGCAUCAAUACAGGGAGACAAUGGAUUCUCAGCCCAGGAGGUCAGCCAGCCGACAAAUGUAGCUGUAUCUGCAGCUGGAGCAAAUGCAGCCUCGAGUUCGCCAGCUUCGACACCAACUCCAGCAGCCAGCUCUGUAUCACCUGUCGUCCCGGUGUCUGUGGCUGCGCCCUCCUCUAUAUCAGCAUCUUUACCGGCGUCUCUGAUUAUUGCUGCCCCAUUAUCUACGCCGCUUUCCGCAUCCACCAGGGUAGUGAGCGGGUCUAUACCGACCGGAACACAGUCAAAUGUGAUUGCACAUGCCACAUCUCUCGUAUCAGAUUCGACAGAUGGCAUCGCGGUUAUUCCAACAGCUACCAAUACGUCUCCAAGCAGCCUUAGCGGAAGCAUGAUAUCGGGAGACAGCCAGCCUACUGGGCAGACAAUAGCGGACCCCGUGAGCCCAAGCACAAAUCCAUCGACUGCCACUAUUGUUGGCGGCACCGUGGGUGGUAUAGCCGCUGCCGCGUUUCUAGUUGUCUUAUUAUGGCUCCUACGAAGAAAGUUGACGAGUCGCAAAUCGCAAGAGCCGAACAAAGGGGGCUCCUCCAAGCCAAUGGCACAAAAACUUGGCAUUGCAACGACCCUGGAUGCCGUCAAGCAGAAUUUCGGUGGGAAACCAGGCGCUCGCAACGUCAACAUGAACAGAGGAAACUCCCAGUUCCUCGACGCUGUCACAGUUGAGCCGAUGAAAACACCAACUUACGUUAAAUCUCAAACCCCCCCUGCUGCCGUCCGCAAAGCACCAUCAAAGGCGCGUAAACUAGGUCUCAGCUUUGACCAUGGCAAACUGUUCAACCCAUUUUCCGACGCCAAUGCUUUGAUGUCCGGCAAGAUACCGCCGCCUUCGAGCUCCAUCUUAGCAAACCCAUUCACCGAUGAUAACAUGGUUUUGCCUCCUCCAGUCUCUGCUGCGAACCGCCGCCGCUCGAGAGGCCGAUCGCUUGGUGGUAUCAAAAGCUUCCAAGCUCCAACUGUUCCUGCCCGGCCACACUCUGUGCACCGGGAGUCGCUGCAAAGCAACGAUUCAUUCGCGCAGCGCCGUGAUAAAUUCCGGUCUGAUCCAUUUGAUCUAGAGCUGGAGAGUCGGUUAGCCCCAACCCCAUCAGGAAUCGCAGCUUCAAGCCGAGGCAGCUCUGUGUAUAGCAAUAACCAGCUCCUGGAGGAUAACCGCGACAGCUAUACGUCCAGAUACAUCAGCGGCUCGAGUCUCGGCGACUGGGCCAAUGGCCACCCUGGUGCUGGCGCUGGGAGUGCAGCAGGAAGGCGAGAUAGCCCUACACUCUCAUGA